AUGCUUGUUGAAAACCCUCGCCAGUGGCACGACACGUUGUAUGAGACACUGUGGGCCUAUCGCACCUCCAAGAGGAAUCCUACUGCUACAACGCCCUAUGCAUUAAUGUUUGGUCAUGAUGCGGUUUUACCCUUGGAACUUAACGUCCAAUCCUUGCGCGUCCAGGAUCAACAUCACUUGAUCGGCGAGUAUUAUGUCCAAGCAAUGUGGCAAGAGCACGAAGAUCUGAGCGAGCAGCGCUUAGCGGCUUUGGAUAACUUAGUAAUGGAAAAACAGCGUAUCGCCCGCGCCUAUGAUAAGAGGACGCGUGGCUGUAGUUACAAAGAAGGAGACCUUGUUUGGAAGGUUGUUUUGCCUUUUGGCGAAAAAUUAACCGGUCGCGGCAAAUGGACUCCGCAAUGGGAAGGACCCUUCAUUGUUCACCGCAUUCUGGAGCGUGGUGCUUUUCAUCUCAAAGAUCUGGAUGGCGACAUCCAUAGCAAUCCCAUCAACGGACGAUUCCUGAAGAAAUAUUACCCUAGUGUUUGGGAGUUCGAGGAUCCACCGAGUCAACCUUCUUCUCAGACAGGGGGGCAACCAUAG